AUGAGACAUAUUCGAUUGGCUGCUGAAAAAUGUAAUGAUCAAAACCUUUUAACAAAUUUUGAAGAAUUAUCCAAAACGGUUUUAAAAAAUAAUCGUUUAUCAACAACUGAUUUACCAGAAUUUCUUAGUGAACCAAUCAAUCGUCGUGGUCCUGCUAGACCGGGUGGACAACAAAGCAAUCGUGGUAAUUUCCAACGAAAUAUUGGAGAAUUUCGUAAUCGUGGAGGACUUAAUCAACAAUCAAAUAAUUUCAGACAAGGAAAUACAGGUGGAUUUAAUCGACCAUUCGGAGGAUUUAAUAGAGAUAAUCGAUUUGGAAAUAACAAUUUUCAAAGACAAGAUUUUAAUUUCGAACGACGUCCACAAAACGCCUUUGGAGAUGGUUAUCAACGUAAUAAUGAGAAUGAUCGAUUUCCAGCUCGUAAUCGUAGCUCAUCAUUUAAUGAAUAUUCUCGUCCAGAAGGUCGUAAUCAACAACAAUAUCAAUCAUUUUCACGUUUAAGUCGUAAUGAUAGUGGAUCAUCAUCAACACGACGUGUUGGAAAUCCAAGUACAACUGAACCAAAACGAAAUACUGAAGAUGAUCUUAAUUUAAAACAAAAACGUCAAUCAAGUGAAGAUACUCAAACACAGGAACAAAGUCCAUGGGAUCGAUCAACUCGUCAUUGA